UUCAUCCACGUACUGACUUCCUGCGAAAUAUCAAAAUGGCAGCUUACACUGUUUUGUCGGCGUUAAUCAUAAGCUGCCUAUUUGCAAAUGUUUUAUCGGAGAUUAAAAAGAAAGAAGAAUCCAUAUCAGAAAAAGUUCACCAGUUAAUGGAAUGGAACAACAAGAAAUCAGUGAUUCGAAUGAAUGGAGACAAGUUUCGCCAGUAUGUCAAGUCUGCACCAAGGAACUAUUCUAUAGUCGUUAUGUUGACAGCACUCCAACCUCAGAGGGGGUGUUCAGUUUGCAAGCAAGCUAAUGAUGAAUUCCAGAUUUUAGCCAACUCAUGGAGAUAUUCUCAACAGUAUUCCAAUCGACUGUUUUUUGCAUUGGUUGAUUACGAUGAAGGCCCUGACAUAUUCAAAAGCAUGAAUUUGAACACUGCACCAGCUUUCAUUCACUUCCCCCCAAAAGGAAAACCCAAGAAAGGUGACACCCUUGAUAUUCACAGGGUUGGAUUUGCUGCAGAAAUGCUGGCUAAGUGGGUUGGAGAGAGAACUGACAUUCAGAUUCGCAUUUUCCGUCCACCAAGUUAUUCUGGGACAGUUGCAUUAGCCUUGCUUUUUGCAAUGAUUGGCGGGUUACUAUACUUCAAACGAAACAACCUUGAGUUCCUCUACAACAAAACUUCAUGGGGAAUUAUUGCACUGGCUGUGAUUUUUGCCAUGACUUCAGGCCAAAUGUGGAAUCACAUUAGAGGACCACCAGUGAUGCACAGAAAUCCAAACACUGGUCAAAUGCAUUACAUCCACGGCAGCAGCCAAGGACAGUUCAUCAUGGAAACCUACAUUGUCAUGUUGCUGAACACUGCUGUUGUUGUUGGGUUCAUUAUGUUGAAUGAAGCACAGACUAUGAAAGGAGAUCCGGGCAAAAAAAGAAUUUUGUCCUUAGUGGGGUUAGGAUGUGUAACAAUCUUCUUCAGUCUACUGCUGUCUGUGUUUAGAUCCAAGUAUCAGGGUUAUCCUUAUAGCUUCUUAUUCAAGUAAAAAAAAUCUGCUGGUCCUGCUGUCAAAUAAUUGUUUUUCAUGUUGUCAUGUCAUUUGUUAACUGUAUAUUCAAGUUAUCUUUGACACCUUUCUUUUCAUUAGAAAGGUUGAAACGGUAAUAUGCUAUUUGACCAAGCUUGUAUAAAAAAGCUUUAAAAUAGUGUUGAUAAUAUUUGUAGUAAGUUGUUUUAAAACUUUAAGUUUAUCAAAAAAGUUCAAAUAAAUCAGAGUAUAUUUCAUUGAUACAUUACUUUUAAAUUAGUAUUCAUUUAGAAAUAAAUGAAUUUAAAUAGUUUGUGAUUUAGGCGCAUUUACAAUGUUACAUAUUUUUAAAAAUGUUCACUAGAAACUAACAUUUGUUUUUUAACUUUUGUUUUAAAUAGGCAUUUAUUUAGAAACAAAUAAAUCAAAGAAUUUUGUGGUUCAGUUGCAUUUACAGAAAAUGUUACAUCUUUUUUAAAAAUGUUACUCUAAAAACUACAAUUUUUUUGUAUAGAUGCAAUGACUGAUUGUAUAUGUAAUUCCUUUAUUCAAAUCUUUUUCUUUCAUUUUAUUGUGGUGGAGCUUUUUUUUGUGGGUAAAAUAUCUUCUUUCUGUUCUAGCUUUUUAACCUCUUUUAAUUAAAUAGUUGCUCCAUGCUAAAACAAAAACAGAUUCAAUGCAGUUUAUAAAGUUUUGAAAGGUACAUAUUUUACAGUGCACAACUAAAAUGAAAAUUAUGGGCAUUGAUUUUGUCAAAUAAAAUUUAAGUAAUCAUUAUCUAGGUUUCUAUGCAGCAUUUUAAUAUUUGGUAUUUUUCUUAAAUUUAUCUCCUUCAAUUA